AUGUUGGGUUCAUUAUUAUUUGUUUUUGCCUUCAGUGUUUUCUCUUUAGGUGCUGAGGCUUUAUUAAUAGAUGAUUUGAAGCAGAAAUACGUGGACAGCAUAUUACAAUGUAGUCAGCAGUACCCGUUGGAUCGUGCGGACGCAGAAUUACUUCAGAACAAAGUUAUGCCUGACAAGGAAUCAACCAAAUGUUUAUUUGCGUGCGUUUAUAAAGUGACAGGAGUGAUGAGUGACCAGGGAGAGCUGUCAGUUGAAGGUGUCAAUGCAUUAUCACAAAAGUAUUUGGCUGAUGAUCCAGAAAAGUUGAAGAAGAGCGAAGAGUUUACCGAAGCCUGCCGAACUGUUAACGACGCUCCAGUUAGCGAUGGAGCAAGAGGCUGCGACAGAGCAGCUUUAAUCUUCAAGUGUACAAUAGAGAAAUCUCCUGAUAUGAAUGCCAAAGGCGAAUAUGAUAUUGAUCAUGCGUACAAAGUAGCUGAAAUGAUGAAGAAUGGAGAUGAGAAACGACUGGUUAACGCGAAGAAAAUGGCGGAUCUUUGUGUUAAAGUCAAUGAACAGAGCGUUUCUGAUGGAGAAAAGGGUUGUGACCGAGCCGCAAUGAUAUUCAAAUGCACUGUUGAAAAUGCACCCAAGUUUGGAUUCAAGUUAUAAAUAAUUGAAAUAUGACGUGAU